UAGAAAAUGAAGCCACAAUGCAAGUUGCUGCCGUGAAACAUUUUCCAUCACCAACAAAUCAUGUGAAACCCGUUAUUCUGCUGCAGGCUUACUGGAGGAGUGGGUCUACUUUUACUGGAGAAAUGAUUAGUAAUUAUCCUGGAGUCUUCUACCGCUACGAACCCUUUAUGUAUUUCGAUCUUUUCAGAGAACUAGACUCCGAACAGACAAAAGCUGCAAUAAAGACGUUGCGCCACCUUACACGUUGUGAAUAUGAAAAUGUUGACGAUUUUUUUCAGCAGGUUCGUCUUGGAGAAUGGAACAGUGAUACAUUGUUCCGCUACAGAAACUGUUCUUGGCCUUGUUUUCGAAGACCCGUAGAAUCUUGUUUAUAUCAAGCCAAUCCAAGUCGGUGUUUCUCUACACCAACCGAACGAUGCCUGGGUAAACACUUCCUCUCAAAGGCUUGUCGAAUGUCUUCCAGCUUGCUCUUCAAAAUUGUUCGGCUUCGAUUAGCUAAACUAGCGAUGCUGUUAGACGAACCAGAGUUUCAUCGUUUAAAAAUUAUUAAUUUAGUUCGUGACCCGCGUGCCAUAAUCUCAUCGCGCAAUAAACGUCGUUGGUGCGUAAGUGAUGCUUGCAGAAGCCCAGAGUCUCUUUGUGAAGCUAUGCGUAAGGAUAUAGCAGCUGGCGAAACGCUGAAAAAACAUCAUCAACAACGGUUCUUUCGUUUUCGUUUUGAAGAUCUUUCUCUCUGGCCAUACGAGACAACUAAAAAAUUGUUUAAUUUUCUUGAACUCCCUAGCCAUCCCCGAAUAGAUUUUUUUCUGAGAAAACGCAUAAACACUUUACUAACUCACACGUUUUAUGACCACGAUGGUAAACUUCAGAGUCCUACAACUCACAAAAAGCCUGUCAGAGUCAUCUUUCGGUGGGUCGAUGAACUUCACUGGGAAGAGAUAUUAACCAUUCAAAAAGCCUGUGGAGACGUUUUACAAAAGCUGGGAUAUAAGUUAGUUAAUUCUACCCAACAAAUGAGAAACUUUUAUCCUGUAGGUCCCCACGGCAUGGCUGACUUUUAGAACCGAGUAAUAUACUAGAUUAUAAACUCCGAUUGGUGGUGCACGAUCUGCUGUUUGUAUGUGAACCUAAUGCAACGUAGAGAAAUAAAUCACUGCAAGUCAAAUACUACUAAUUUCUCUGUAAUGAUAUAGCUAAGUUAGAUUGAAGUCGGCAAAAUGUAAACACUCGUAUAUGUAUUUUUAUAUCACGAGAUAUGUAUGUUGUAGUUUCUUUUCGUAACAAUAAAAACAAGAAAAAAUGUA